CAUUACAUAAGUGUUCAAUGUUUUAUUCAAAUUUUUCCUCAACCAUAAAUCAUUCGAUCAAAUUUUUUUAUUUUGAUUUUUUUUUUAUUCAUCAAAAGUGCUUUAAUUAAAAUUAUAUUUAACUCGACUCGAGGAAACUGUUGUUACAUUCAGUACCGAAAAUAAUUUGCUAGUUUUAAUGUUAGUCAAACAAUGGGCAAAUGUUUGAAUCGAUUUGAUGCCAAAAUUUUCCUCUGUUUUAAUUUUAUUUUGCUAAACAUUUCUGGCUAGGCUCAAUAUAAUAUAUUGUGUAUGAAGAGCUGUGCAAAAAGAAAUGUAACAGGGCAAAUUUCAAUUUAAAUUUUAUUAUCGAUAAAAGAAAUAUAACUUUGUUAUUAUGUUUUACGAUUAGCGUACUAUAUUAGAAAAUUAGUUCGUAGGUUUAAAUUUAGGUUCUAGUUUCAAUAUUAUUAAACCAUAGUUCGUAAGGUGUAUCUACUGUAUACCCUUAGUUUUAAGAAAGUAAACAAACGACAUUGUUCAACUAUGCGUGCAAAUUGUGUAUUGACGCGUAGUUUUUGUGCCAUUAAUUUUCUAAAAAUGUUAAAACCUGCGUGUAAAAGGAUUUCAGCAUUACAAACAACGACCUAUUUGGUUUUAAUUCGCCUCAUAAUGGAAAUUGGGAAAAAUGGGCUGCCUAGGAAGCAAAGAUCGAUUGACGAAAGAAGAUAUGGAAUUUUUAAAAACACAUACGCGAUAUGAUGAGGCGACCAUAAAGGAAUGGUACAAAGGAUUUAAGCAAGACUGUCCAAACGGUCGACUGACACCUGCUAAAUUUGUGGACAUGUACAAAAUGUUUUUUCCAUCGGGCAAUGCUGAAGAAUUCUGUGAUCACGUUUUUAGAACGUUUGACAUGGACAAAAAUGGAUAUAUCGAUUUUAAGGAAUUCUUGUUGGCAAUUGAUGUAACAUCAAGCGGUACACCGGAAGAAAAAUUAAAAUGGGCUUUUAGAAUGUAUGACGUAGACGGAAAUGGUGUCAUAGAUAUACAAGAAAUGACGAAAAUAGUUCAGGCAAUAUACGAUAUGUUAGGCGCAUGUUCAUCGAAUCGUCCAGCUGAUUCAGCAGAAGAGCGUGCUAAAAAUAUUUUCGCCAAAAUGGAUGAAAACAACGAUGGUCAAUUAACUCAAGACGAGUUUCUCAAAGGAUGCUUACAAGAUGAAGAAUUAUCAAAAAUGCUAGCACCAUAAACAAAUAAUUUAAUUUAGCGAAAACACCAAUUAAAAUUUCCCCGAACGUAAAAAAAAGUGAAUAAAAAAGAGAAAAAUAAAAUAAAAAAGAAAUGAAAUAAGGAAAACUGAUUAAUUUGUGUAUCAAAAAUUAACAAAAAAAAAGAGAAGGAAAAAGGAAAAUAAUUUUUGCUACAUACAUCGAGAUAUUGUAAAUAGAUUUUGUAUAUUUUGAAUUUACCAUAAUUUAUAUGAACAAAGAAAAACGAUGAAAUUUAUCAAUGAGAGAUACAAACAGUGCAGCUAUGAUGUAAAUGAAUUUACAUCAUUUUCGGCAACGUCAUACAACAUAACUAAAAACACAAAAUCUGGAAACGCUGAAUUUCGAUUAUUUACAAAUUGUGAUUCGCAAACACAGUGGAUUGAUGAAAAUGUAUUUUUGUUAAGCGAGAAAAUUCAGCGAUUCCGAACAAUCAGAUUUUCUGCACAUUCAUCUAAUAUCCAGCUACAAAUUAUGUGUACACCGUAUACACAUACAUUGUGUGUAUACGUAUACAAAUGCAAAUCAGGAAUGUUUGCCCCAAAUUCAAAUAAUUUACCUUUUUCUUCUUGGAAUCAUUCGCAUAUCAUUUACGUUUUUCUAAUUUUUUUUUCUUUUUGAAUAAAAAUUCACUUGUUUAUGUCGGAUGCCACUCCUACAAUCUUCGAAGAAGAAAAAUAUUUUUUCAAUUACCAUAAAAGAUUAUAAUGUGAAACCGGAAAAUAUUUUCAUUUGACAUCACAUAUCGUACAGGAAAUUGAUGAACUGAUCUUAUUACUUUGUCAACUUGAUGACAUCAUUUCCAUAAUAGUAUCAUUUCACGUUUUAAGAAAAAAAUUGACUAUACUUCAUAUCCCUUGCAUCGUCAGAUAACUGAAAAGAGAUGCCUGUUAUAAGUUUAAAAAAAGAAAGAUAAUCAAUUACGGCCUUGCAACUAUAAGCAUAAGACAUUUACCUGUGACACUUAACUCAAUUGUUUUUUAGUGGUAAACUUUACAAAUUUGAAGAUGGCCUAUUUUCAAAAGCAUUUCAACUGCAUUUAAGUUCAGUCUGCUAUCGUUACCUCUUUCCUAUUACAUUUAUUUUCAUUUUAUUCAACCAAUUAUACAUUGGGAGGCAAUGAUGCAGCUUGGUUUUGGCUAAAGAGUAUUAUAUCGUAGCUCGGUAACUAAUGAUUUUUUGCCCGACGGACCAUAAUUUCGUUUCUUUGUUAUCUUCUGUUUUCAUUUUUCUUAUUCGUAUACCAACCUUUGCAGCGUCAUAAUCAUUUGUGCUAAUCACAACAUCACAUCCUAUUAAUAAAGCGAUUCUCGUGAAGAGGGUUUUCGAUUCGAGAAACUUUUGCUUGACAAUAUAUCUUAAUUUGAUGAUGUUAUUAUCUCUAGGAUAAAUCAAGAAAUUGAUUAUACGGAUCCGACCUCAGUCGGAUGGAAAAACAGUAACACCGGAAAAACAAUCCAUGAUUAGUCAAGUGUUUAGGAUUAGUUUGUAUGACUUAAAUUACUCCGGAUUAUUGUUUAUUAUUGUGAUGAAUCGUUACCAUUAAUCACGUAUCGACAGACUUAUUCGUAAACCAAUGUCGUUACCAAUAAAUUUCGUUUGCCUCAAAUCCAUUACUAUCAACGAUGUUUCUUUCGGUGAUGUGAUAGUGACGCCCUUUCUUAUUCUACUUCCUUCGUACCUUGAUUUUGCAUCGUUUAUAUUGAAUUUUUCAAUUUUUCACUGGUUUUAUCGACACGCUUAGUUAGUUUCUAAAAAAGAACAGCUUUUAACUCAGUGAAGCAUACAGUUUGUCACAGAGGGAGAUUUUUUUUUCUUUCUCACGUCAUAACUUUGAAUAGAAAAGAGUCGCUCAUAUGUGAGAAAUUUGCAUUUAACUUAAAAGUCAAUAAGCUUAAUGCGAUUACUUUUAACGUUAUCCGACGAGUCCCUGAUUGACGAUAUUUAUCGCACGCAUUGCUGAAUGCCUUAAAUAGAAAAAAAUAAGAAGGAAAAAAUAUUCUGCCACUUCAUCGUCAUCGUUACAAAGUUUUCGUCAAUUUAUUAUACGUAACCGAAAUGUAAUGACAUUCCCUUAUCAAUCACUUUGUAUUUAAAUAACGUCAAAUCCCUCUUUUGCGUAUAGAACGACUAUAUUAUUAUUAUGGUCCAUCCAUUUCAUCCAUCCAUGUCCAAUCCAAAUGGUUCAAAUAUUUUUAUAGUCAAUUCGGGGUUUCACAAUAUAAUAAUAUGAACAAUUGUUGACGGUGAUAUUCAAUAACAGAAAAGAAAACUCAACCAAAAAGAAGAAGAACAAAAUGAACACACAGAUGAGAGAAAGAUAAAUUAAAAAAUAUCAUCAAACGUGGUACAAAGAUAUCGUUAUCUGAAUUAUGAUAAAAAAAUGAAAUUUAAGAAUUUAUUCCGAAAUACAAAAACAAACAAACCAACCAAAUUCUUGUAUUUAAUUAUUUUAAAUGCAAAAAUUUGUAGAGAAAUCUUAUAAAAUAUGGGCACAAUUAAUUUUAUUUAGAAAAUAAUUUAAUUAAAAAAGUAAAAAACACAAAAAAAAAAUUAUAUUUAGAGGAACUGUAUUUUUAGCAUUUAAAUUGAAAGUAAAACUUAUUGUCGAAAACGUUUUGGUCAAGCUUUUGUGUGUGUCCUUUCCAAUUCGUAUUUAAUUAAAUAAAAUCCCGCAAAGAAAGGAAAACUCACAUGUUUCGAGUCAUCAUCAUUGUUGAUAAGAUAAAAAUUAUUAUUAAUAUAGCAAAUCUCUUAUUUUCCUUUUUAUUAUAGCAGCAAAUAAUCCAAUAUUGUGCUAUACUAUCACAUUUCUAAUAUUAGCAAAAAAAAGAAGACGGAAAAAUACAGAACUGUAAUAUUAUUAAGAAAAUCUUAAAAAUACUCGUUAUUAACAUCCAUGAAUCUCAUAUUCCCGACUGCUAAUAUAUAUUAUUACAACAUUGGCUACAUAUAUAAACGAAAAAAAGCCCCUAAAAUGAAAGCACUUUGUCAUUUUGACGUCGAGUUUGUCUUAUUAUGCCUCAUUUUGUGCAUUUUUUUUCUCGUUUCAUUUUCAUGUUAACUCAAAUUUAGUAAGGGUUUUUUUUAUAAAAACUGUUCAUGCUGUGAUUAUGACGUCAGUUGUCUUUACUAGUGCUAGUACGGAUGUGCUCAUUAUAAUUUGUUUCGUUCUUUCAGUUUUUUUUUUUAAUUUUCAGUUUUGUGUUCGCAUUUUGUCCUUUCUGAUAAAAAAAAAUCUCUUUUGACAAAAAAAAAGAGUCGUGCAACUUUUACACAAUAUUCAUCCUUCUAAAUUAAAUCCGAUUUGUGUUUUAAUUAAAUUAAAUCAACGUAACUGGAGAGGGAAGUAUGUCCAAAGAUGUAACGAAUCCGUUUGACAAUUUAGCUUUCGGUUUUGAUGUUAAUGUAGAUUGUUGUCAGAUAUGGGAACUUCUAUUUAUUGCAAAAUGGUAAAUUAUUAUCAACCUUGGACUGGUUUUGAAAGAUUAUUGCGAUUUGUCCGUGAACAAAUGACACAAAUGAAACAUUCCAAACUCUAACAAUAACAAUGGGAAAAAUUUUCGGGUUUCUGUUUUAACCUACUAACAGCUGUUGUAUCGUAACAAAAUUAUCAAAUCUGUUACUUCAUUUGUUUAAAGUAUCUGCUAGAGUUUUCAAUAGUUCAAUAGUUUUAUCAAUCAUUUAUUAAUAUAAGAGAACACGAGCCAGACCUAUUCGUUCAUUCUUAUCGUAAUUAUCGAUAGCAGAUGACAAUUGUAUUUCUGAUUUAAGGAAAAGUCGACGAAUUGUAUGUGAAUAAAUCCGUUCUUCAUUCACAUUCCUUGGUUGUCUUUAACAUCUACUUCAAAUAUUUCCAAUAAUUUUAACUCGAAAUUUCAAACAAUUUGUAAGAGUGGAUACACGCAUCAAUAACAGUAAAAAACUGAUUCUACAGGAAAACCAUUUCAACAAUUGCGUGUGUGACAGGUCAUGUGCUUCUAUUUCAUUCGCAAUCCGUUUAGCUUUGUUUAUUUUUUGCAAUUUUAAUUUUUCGAUCCUCUUAAGCACAAAUUUUUACUCAAAAUAAAAAUGAAAUGAAAAAAAAUCUGGUUUGUCGGAGCUUUUAUUUGAAAAGUCAAAAAAUAUUCAAGUGUUUCAACAAUUAAAAUCUAAUGAAAAUACUUCCGAUAUUUCGACAUAAAAUAAAUAAAUAAAAUGAAAAAAAUGUUCCAUUUUUUAAGGCAAAAAAAAUACUUACUCUUUAAUAAAUGCACUAUACUCUGCACAACAAAAAAAGAAAUGAUAUCAACAAAGAAAAUAAUGAUAGAAAUUAUGUACAAUCAACAUUACUAAGAUAAAUACAUCUCUUACAUGUCUAUUUUUGUAUAUUUUGAAGAGAAAAACAAAGUUUUUUAACAAAACAAAAAGAAAAUUAAAACUUUAAACUCUAGCUAACUAUACUAUAAAUACUUCUUAUACUUAACAAAACUGCUAUACAUAUUUUAUUGAAACUUACCGAAACAGAUACCUAUCGUUUUAUAGUUUAUACAAAUUAUAGAAAGCUUUCACAUAUCUUUAUGAACUAUAUCAACUAACUUAUUUCUAGUUUUUAGAAAAACACAAAAGCCUUUAAACCACAAGAAUCAAACUGUUCCUUAGCCGCUUAAAUAUCCUUCAUUAACCAAAAAAGAAGAACUAAUAUCGUAGGUCGAUAAAAUUGAAUCAAUCCAACACCCAAUACUACUUCCAAAAACACUUCCGGAUUCAGAGAAUGUGAGAACCGGUGAAUGUACGUAAGCUAAUGAUCUUCGAAUCGUCUCUUCUAGUCCAGGGUUCAUUCCAUUUUUAUUUACUCUCUCUAACCGCUUCAAAGCAAAAUUAUUAUUGCGAUGGUUUGUCGGUCAGACGAUUUCUUCGAAAAUAAAAUGCUUUACGUUUGGAAAAUGAUGGUAUUGAAUCAAGGUUGGACUGGUUUAAAAUUAUUUCGCCGUACUUAAACCGAACAUAAUUUAUUUAUUUUUAACGAAACAAAUAUUUAUCUUUGCUAACAUUGAAGCAGCAGUGAAGUAAUUCCAAAUUUUUGUUUACGCUUUACCUUUAUACUUCACAUCAUACUCCAGCUACUAAACAUACAAAUUUAUUUAAUUCCAAUAUAAUUCAUAUUAUAACUAAAACUGAAAGCAACAGGGAAAUCAUUUGGGUGUGUCGAUUUAAAGUGAUUCAUUCAAAUAUUAUAAAUGAAAAUGGUUUAAAAACAAUCACACAAGGGUAACACGAUACACACACCGAACCAAAAAUUUAUAUAGAGUCUUAUGUGUACAUCCUAUGGACCCAAUUUUUUUUAGAUAAUCAAAUACCUUUGUCGUAGGUAUAAAUAUACAUUUAUAUGACCAUGUUUGAGAAAUUUUAAAAGAAUUAAAAUAAACCCAAAGGUCAAACCUUUUGGAUUUUAAACAUAAUUUUGAGCCUUGAUUUUUGUUGUCCUACUCGCUUUUCUAAUGAUAUAAAAACUAUAGUUGCGUAGGCAUGUAGCAUGUAGCAAAUUGAGGAUUAUGGUCUAUUGGGGACUGGUAAUCUGUGAAAUGUCUGACAGCCAGGCUAAUUUUUAAAAUGUGUUUCCAGGCCGAUUUUACUGUUUGUGUCAUCCGUGUGUUACUGACAUUGUCCGAGACAUUUCCUCCAAACUUAAUCUAAUCGACAGUAAAGUUUAGAAAUUCAUAUCCCGUUUACCGUAAAAACUGUAUCCUCUACUCAUUAUCGACUAUUCUAGAGAAAUAAAUAAGAAAAUUAUUAAAUUUUACAGCACACACUCACUGCACAAAGCAUUAUGAAAUCUUAAACUCUGCUAAACGUUUAACAAAAUGGACUU